UGAGUGUACGGUGUAUGUUUUACUGUGACUACCAGGAUAAAAUAAACAAUAAGAUUUGAAGCAUCCUCUCUCACUGCAUGUACCUCUAAGAAUCAUUUGAGAAAAUGAUCUGUAUCAUCAUAAUUGUACUGGUUGUUAUUGUUAGCGUUUUCUGCUAUUGUCCUGAUUCCAUAAAAACAUUGAGUGUAGUUCCGAAUUGUCCAGAGAAUGUCACGGAAUGGACGAAGGCGGCGUCAAAGAAGAAUUGUUCUUCAAGGACUCAGAACUGUACAGAACCUUCAAAUUUCAUGUAUCAUUGCCUCAUCAAUACAUUUCUAGAUAAAAUGAUCGAAGUAUGUGCCCCCACAGCAUUCAUAACAGAUUUCUGUUGUGAAUUUAACACUCGUGGAGCUGUUAUCCAACGCAAUUAUCGUGCUGACUGCAGAAAUUUUCCUAUAAAACCAUGUGACAAGCCCUAUUUUUCAUAUGAAGUUUAUAAACAUCCUGAGUGCUAUGCAUUAAUAAAGAAUCCUUCGGAAAGGGGAACCACGGAAAUGUCCACACACAUAACAUCAACAAUAAGUGGCAAUGAAGACGGUUUUCUUGAUUUCUCGGAUAUUUUACCUAUCAUCUUAGCCUUAAUAUCUGUCACCACCUUUAUAUUAGCUGUCCGUUUGUUGCUGUGGAAAAAAAGAGCAAAACAGAACAGAAAGGAAUCCUCGUCUUCUUCAGAUUUGGUAUUUAUCCUGAAAAUUUAUUUUACACAUAUUAAUGGCUAUGAGGACAAUAGCAAAUUUGUUGUUCCUCGAGACAACAACUAUUUUCCAUGGCGUAGCCGAUAG